CGAAUAAUAAAAAUAAGAAAAAAUUCGAUUAAAAUUUGAUUGUGUAGAGAGUAGAGACAACUUAAAUGGGUAUUGAGAUCCGCCCAAAAACCUCUCAAAGAGUCGAAAGACCAAGACAAGCGCACAGAAGAGGGAGGGCGAAGAAGAAGCUAUGAAGGAGACGGCGAAGAUGAACGCCAUGAGAUCUGGUUUGGUUGUGAUCGGAGCUUUAGCCUUCGGAUACUUGACUCUGCAACUCGGUCUCAAGCCCUUCCUCCAGAGAGCAGAGGCCCAGCAACAGAAACUCUUCUUCUCCGACGACGAUUCCUCAAACUCCGACCGAUCAACGCCAUCUGAUGCUGUGAUUCGAUAGCGGUUGUUGAUUCAUUUUGGAUUGAAUUUUGAUUUCUUGAUUGAAUUUGGAGACUAAUGUCAAGCGUUUAGAAGGUGAUUGGGCAUUAAUUGACCCGAAUCCGUCGUGACUAGGGUUGAGAUGAUUUAAACAAUUCGAUUGGUCGGUCGGAUUUGGAUUCGAUCCAUUCAGAUCAGGUUAUUUUGAGUUCGAAAAAAGUUCAGAUCAAGAU